AUUUGAUUGGCUCUAAUGCUUGCGAAUAUGUCAAAUGUCUAUGUUCUCUGUCAAAAAAAUCAAAAUUUGUGGUAGUUAUUACUGUUUGGGUUCGGUGUUUAGUUAUUGUUCGGGGGCUGUUUUUUCAAUUAAAAAUUUCACGGGUAAAUCUUUGUUGUCUUUUCUUUUUCUAAUUGUAUCAGAAUAGCUUUUUUAGCUGUGAAAACCGGAAGGGAUGUCUUCUCAGUCAGACUUUUUACCUCCAGAUGUUCAGAAUUUCCUCUUGGCAGAAAUGGAAGGGGACAAUAUGGAUAAUCUAAACUUUUUCAAGGACGAACCAACUUUGAAUGAUUUAAAUUAUUCAAACAUCCUAAAUGGAUCAAUAGUUGCUAAUGAUGAUUCAAAGAUGGUUCAUCUUAUUUUUCCGGGAGUACAAACAAGUGUCCCAUCAAAUGAUGAAUACGAUGGUCCAUAUGAAUUUGAAGUAGAUGUUCAUCCCACUGUGGCAAAAAAUUCGUGGGUGUACUCUACCACCCUGAAUAAAGUUUAUAUGACAAUGGGCAGUCCAUUUCCUGUAGAUUUCAGAGUAUCACAUCGACCCCCGAACCCAUUAUUCAUCAGGAGCACUCCCGUUUACAGUGCUCCCCAAUUUGCUCAAGAAUGUGUUUACCGGUGCCUAAACCAUGAAUUCUCUCAUAAAGAGUCUGAUGGAGAUCUCAAGGAACACAUUCGCCCUCAUAUCAUAAGAUGUGCCAAUCAGUAUGCUGCGUACUUAGGUGACAAGUCUAAAAAUGAACGUCUCAGCGUUGUCAUACCAUUCGGUAUCCCGCAGACGGGUACUGAAAGUGUUAGAGAAAUUUUCGAAUUUGUUUGCAAAAAUUCUUGCCCAAGUCCUGGAAUGAAUAGAAGAGCUGUGGAAAUAAUAUUCACUUUGGAGGAUAAUCAAGGAACUAUUUAUGGACGCAAAACAUUAAAUGUGAGAAUAUGCUCUUGUCCAAAACGUGAUAAAGAGAAAGAUGAAAAGGAUAACACUGCCAACACUAAUCUGCCGCAUGGCAAGAAGAGAAAAAUGGAGAAGCCGUCAAAGAAACCCAUGCAGACACAAGCAGAAAAUGAUACCAAAGAGUUUACUCUGACCAUACCGCUGGUGGGUCGACAUAAUGAACAAAAUGUGUUGAAGUAUUGCCAUGAUUUGAUGGCCGGGGAAAUCCUGCGAAAUAUCGGCAAUGGUACUGAAGGGCCGUACAAAAUAGCUUUAAACAAAAUAAACACGUUGAUACGUGAAAGUUCCGAGUGACCUUAUCAAUUCUAUGUAUAUUUCUUAUACAAUUCCAUUUUCAUAUUUCCAUUUGAUAAUAAGAAACAUUUUAGCACCUUUUAAUCCUACACUGCAGGGAAGUCAAUAUUUCUUUAGUUUUUUGCAUGAUAUUGUUUGUUAUAACAUUUUUUUUUU